UUACGCGCGUCGCCAUACUUUCGGACAAUAACAUCAUGGAGGUGUCUGAGGUGGACAAUGUAUUAGCAGUUAAUAUUAGCGAAAAACACGAACGCAGAGGUGCAACUAAGCAUUGUGCUUAUGGUCUAUGUAAAAGUGACUCUAGAUAUAUGGGUAGACUAGGUAUGGAAGGCGUUUUCUUCAUUCGCUUUCCACAAUUUCAUCGGGAACCGGAGAAAUGUACUCGAUGGGCCAGUGCAUGUCGACGAGAGCAUUUUACUGCUUUGUCAGUAAAGAAGGAUACAUAUAUAUGUAGUUUGCAUUUCAAGGGCGGUAGAGGCCCCACGGAAGAAUAUCCUGACCCAAUUCCGGCAACAGCUACCAAACAUGAGCUUGAAAAAUUUGUCAGAAGCAAAAAGAGGCCGUUAGUGCGAAAACAUUUGACAUGGUCACCAGAACCCAAACGCAAGAAGAGUGAUUUGGUGAAUAUAGACAUUGUUGAAACGAAAGCUGCUAGUGCACCGUCAGAUGAGGAUCAUUGCACUACUAAUCAUGAUACAGUCCAGGCAGCAGAGGCAUUAUUAAUGUUGCAGAAUUCUGAAAGUGAACAAGUAAACAUUGUUUCUGAUGGGCAGAAAGGUCUAAAUAUCCAAGAUCCAUAUUCCAUGUUAAAGAAUUCAUGUGAUGAAGAAACCCAGACAUCAUCUUGUUGCUUAACCUUGAAUGAAUCUUUAGCAUUAAAAUUAGAAAAUUUUUAUUUAAAAAGCAAGAUUUCUGAACUUAAAAAAAAAUGUAUACAGUCAAAGACAUUUUCCAUUGCUGAUGUGAAAGCUGAUGACAAGAAAAUGAUAUUUUACACUGGUUUAACUUAUGGGCAAUUUAUGUGUUUGUGGAAAUUUCUGGGACCAGCCACUAGAAAUCUUUUUCGAAUAAAUAAUAUUAUAUGAGGAAAUUUGAGCUUACACCAUCUAAGUCGAGGGGACCAAAGAGAAAAUUGUCACCAGAAGAUGAACUUUUCCUUACACUGGUUAGACUUCGCCUCGGAUUAUUGCAUACCGACUUAGCCUAUCGUUUUGGUGUUUCAGUUAGUACUGUCAAUGACAUAACUUCAACAUGGAUACAGUUCUUAUAUUAACAGUUUAAUAGACUACGAAGUGCUAUGUUUCCAUCUAGAAAAAUAAUUGGCAAGCACUUACCAAAGUCCUUCAGAAAGUAUAGAAAAGUACGUGUAAUAUUAGAUGCUACUGAGUUUGUUACACAAGUGCCUAGAAAUUAUGAGCAGCAGGGUAAUCUUUACUCUUCUUAUAAGAAUCAUUGUACUUGCAAAGUUCUGAUAGGAAUAACACCUUCAGGUGCAAUAUCGUUUGUAUCUGAUGUGUUUGAAGGGGCAAUUUCUGAUAAGGAAAUUUUCAAAAAGAGCAAAAUUAUGGAUAAAAUCAAUCCAGGUGAUCUGGUCAUGGUAGAUCGUGGAUUUAAUGUUCGAGACAUUUUGUUGCAGAAAGGUGCUGAUAUUGUAAUCCCACCAUUUUUGGGCAAUAGAACCAAUUUGUCACAAGAAGAAGAAGCGCAGACACGUGUUAUCGCAAAAUUACGAAUUCAUGUUGAGAGGGUAAUAGAACGCAUAAAAAAAUAUGAAAUUUGUAAGAAAAUUGUACCUUUGAACACACUGUCAACUUUCUCCCAAACAGUCUUUAUUGUUGCAUGUUUGGUAAACUUUCAGAAACCAAUAGUCAAAUAAAUGUGAUGAAAACUAUUGUGAUUUCAAUGUAGAUUUUGAAAC